AUGCGACGCCGGCUUUGUGGCCACAGGGCCUUUGAGACGCUAUUCCGUGACCUUGAUCCAGCGUCUCGGGCCUUGAUGUUGUCGCAGGCUGGGCCAGGCGGCAGCGUUGCCGUCUUUCGCACGCGCGAGGCGCGCGAGCCCAAGGGCGAAGCUGUCAUCGACAGCGCGGGAGGCGGCACGUUGCCACCCCUGGUCCGGUCUUCCGAGGUCGUGAGGACUACUCGGCCUGCCGCGGGUAGCACCGCGCAGCCAAGGCUGUGCGAGGGCACUCGCCGCCACGUCCCGUCCGGGGUCGUCCUGGUGGGACUGGAGUGGAUCUCCGCCCGGAGUGCACGAUCUGAAGCGGCUCAGGCCGAGAGGAUCGCCCGAGGCAUCGCGCGGCGCAAAGCUACAGCGCAGCGCGAGGGAGAGGCUUGGCAGGGUCAGAGGCCAAGCCCCGCAGCUCAGCCAGCUGAGCUGCCAGCGCCCCCGAGCCCGCCGGCCGAGGAGCGCAAGGAGGCAGCAGACGCUGCCAAGGAGGAGAAGUCAGAGGAAGACUCCCCGGCAUCUCCAGAGCCAGCAGGUCCGCUUCCGCAAGAGGAGCCUGCAGUAGCUGGGAUCGUUGAGGCUGGCCCAAGGGUCAAGCUUAUCGAGCGGCCUCAGUGGGCGCCUCUAGGGGCUGGCAAGCCAGCUCUGGAGGCCACAGAGGAGACAAAAGGUCGUCUUCUCGGGCGGCACGAGCAUCACAAAGCUCGUGCGGUCGCUGCGUGGGCCCCUCCGCUUCUCGAGGCAGGGCGGGCAGACCCGCCUCCUCAGGAGCAGGACAGGGAGCGGGAGGAAAAGCCCAAGGACUUCAAGCACAAGUGCAAGCAAGCGCUCAUUGCGAGCCAGGUGCAGGCCCCACCUCCAGUCGCAAGGCUGAGAGCGGGCAGUGCCGCCUCGAGCUCGUUGGAGCUGGAGUUCGCCGCUCAGAUGCAGGAACAGGCCCUUCGCCAAAGCGAAGCAGAGCGACAAGCCCUCCGAGCCGCCUUGGAGGCGUCGCAGGCCAAGACCACAGAGCUCACCAACGCCGUCGCUCAGCUGAUGCUAGCCCAGGGUCAGGCCGCGCAAAGACCAAACGGUCCAAGCGCGACCGCUGCCGCCGGUAACAGACCGAGCGGGAUCAUGCAUCACAUGGAUGUGAUGAAGGCUGUCCGCACGCCGCAAAAUCUGAAGGAUCGCGACGGGUGGGAAAAGUUUGUGUUCCAAACGGAAACGUAUCUAGCCUUCAUGGAUGGUAGCAUGCCAGAGGUUUUGGAAAUGAGUCGCAAAGCGACAGACUUUCUGGAUCCGGACGAGAUGUCCGAGGACACACUAGACCGCUCGCGCAAGCUGUUUGCUAUGUUAGCGAGUUGGGUGCAAGAUUGCCCGGCAGCAGCCAAGCUGUCACGAGGGAUUCGACAGCAGAACGGAUUCGAACUUUGGCGCCUCCUGUUUCGCGAAUUUGCUCCUGAGAACCACUCCAAAGCGCUGAUUUGGAGAAGAACUCUUUUGAGUCCCAAGUUUCCUGCAAAAGAAGCUGAGUUCAGCGCAGCCCUCCAAGAGUGGGAGGCAGACUUGGACCGGUAUGAGUCCGAGUACGGACCAAGUAAGGCCAUAGCCGAUGAAGACAAGCGGGCCGUGGUCAUCACCGAGGCACCCGCAGCUCUCAGGCAACACCUGGCGAUGCACGCCGCAGUGCUGAAUAGCUACGAAGCUGUCCGCGACGCAGUGGUUGGUUACUUGCAAGCCAAGCGAGUAUGGAGCCCAUCAGCCACGUACGCGGGAAACACCGCCCGGCCCGGAAAGACGCCAUGGACAUUGGCAAGGACCGUGUCCAAUGUCAACGAUGAGACCGCUUCCCAGGUGACUGCGGGCCCCUCCGCGUCCCAGAUAGCUCCGGCGCCCAGUGCCGCGUCCAGCGUGCGUGGAGCGGUGCGAACUGUGAGCGAGGGAACCUCUUCCAUUCGCAUGCUGCGAGUGUCUGAGGGAAAGGGGGACACCAAGAUCCCGGGCGAGAUCCUCGCGUUCCACAACCAGCCGGGUUGGCAUGGCUUGCCGAGCCAGAAGGUUUAUGUGGUUUGUGGCAAAAGCCAGCGCAUCAGAAAGAAAGUCACGCCUGGACCACAACACAAGGUCUAUGGUUUGAGAACCACUUGGCAACUGCAUGAUAUGCGCCAGCAGUGGGACUGCAUCGAACACAGGGUCAAGUGGAAGAACUUGACCAACCCCCAUGAACCAUUCUCUGGCACUGGAGUUCGGGCCAUCAUGUUGUUUGAGCAGAACCCUGGUGCGUCCACGGUCGCCCGGGUAGGUGAUCUCCUGGUGGACACCGGAGCGUGUACUUCCGUAUGCCGUCCCGACGCAUUCAAGGCGGCAGUCGACCCGACCGUGGUCGAGUCUCUGUACUCGGUCGACGACAGUCCGCUACACGCGUGCGGGGAGGUCCGCCCACAUCUCACCAUUGGGAGCGGGCAAAGCCGCCAGGAAACGCAAAUAGCUUUCCAAGUGGUCGAGGGAAUUACCGACAACAUCCUUUCGAUCAACCGAGCCAUCGAUGACGGAGCAAGCAUCCUGUUUUCGCCGCAGGAUUGCUACAUCCAAUGGCCGGAUGGGUCAAAGGCAACCUUCGAGCGGAAGGGAAGGCAAUUUGUGCUGCCUUACCGUGAGAAGGAUUGGGCCAGUAGAGCGCAUGUCCGCAUCGCGCCAGUGGUGGACCCAGAGCAAGAGGCUGUUGAGGCUUAUGCUGCGGCAGAGCACAGCAGUGAUGACGAUGAACUGCCUGCAGCAGAAGCAGAGCACCCAGCUGAGGAGGAGGAAGCCGCUGAUGGCGACUUGGAAGAGGAAGCGCUGGUGCCUGAAGCGCCAGGGCCUCUCGCAGCAGAAGCGCCUCCAGCGCCCACUGCAGCCGAAAGGGCAACACACAGUAUGACACACCUUCCAUUUCAGCCUUGGUGCGAACUGUGCGUGGCAGGUAAAAGCAAGGAAGACCCCCACAGGCGAAGAGCCAAUGGGGACAUCGGCGUGGAGAAGACACCGGUGAUCCAAAUUGACUACCUGUUCCUUGGAAGGAACGCCGCCGUGGUGGAGGAAGAGUCAAGUCUCUUCACCAUGCUGGUCGCUAUAGAUGUGGACUCUGGAUGGCCUUUUGCCCUCCAGAUUCCCAGGAAGGGCCUGGAGCACGGCCAGUAUGUGCUCAACAACUUGACGCUGUGGUUGAACAACCUCGGGCACGACAAGGCCGUGGUGCAGCAUGACGCUGAAAACACCAUAGGAGCCGUAGCCAAAGCUUGGCAGCGCCAUGUUGGAGCAGCAAAGCUAAAGAUAAGGGCUGCGCCUGUCAGGUCGCACCAGUCGCAGGGUUCUGUCGAAUCGGCGAAUGGCUUUGUGGCAGGCCAGAUCCGAACCUUGUGGGCAGACGUGCAGGAGCGGUAUCCUGAGCUGGAACCAACUCACAACGUCAUGCCAUGGUUGGUCAAGCAUGCAGCGUGGCUAAUAAGCCGAUACCACGUGCGAGGGCAAGACCGGUGCACUCCAUUCAAGUUGGUGAACGGUCACGACUACGCCAAGCCCAUUUGCCAUUUUGGCGAGGUCGUUAUGGCGAAAGUUCCCCUGGCCGAAAGCAAACUUGCCAGGAAGUGGCUCAAAGGGAUAUGGUUGGGCAAGUUGGAGAAGGACGACAGCCAUGUCGUCGGCACUACCGCCGGGGCAAUCGCUGUGCGGUCCGUCCGCCGCUUGCCCAGUGCGGAACAGAUCAACAACGAUCUGAUGGCCUGCGUGCGUGGGCUACCGUGGAAGCCACGAGAUGGCAACCGAGUCGCCCCACGUGAGACGUCAAGUGUCGUGGUCAUGCCAGCGCCUGCCCACGCAGCCCUCCAUGGAGAGCAAGGAGAAGGCGGAGGAGAUCCACCGCGCAUCGCGGACGAUGGAGCUGACAUCGACCUAGACGCAGCAGCCGUGGAGGCAGCGGCGGUCAUCGAGGAAAUGUCGGACUGCAGCCCGAGCGCGCCAGAAGGCGAGCCGCCCGUAGCGGGAGACACCGCCGGAGCAGCGCCCUCUGAUCCCUUCAGGGGGGCGGCGUGGCAUUCACCUCUUGCUUCGCUACCCGACACACCAAUGAGCCCAACUGGACUUGGAGAUGGCGGCCUGAAGCGGGAAGCACCGCCAGCUCAGCCAAGCAGCUCAGCAAAGACACCCAAGGUUGCGGGCAUUACCGCCCUGGAGAUCUGGGAAGCCAUCCAGAAAUGGGGCGAGUCUGACGAAGCGUCGAACCCUUUUGCGAUGCAGCGCAUCAGCAACGUAGCUGACUAUGUGGAUCAGCUCCUCAACCCUGAGCAGGUCCACAUAGCGCGCAAAGCGCAGCUCAAGAAGUUGUGGGAUAAGAAGGCAUUCACGCCCGUCCUUCGAGAAGAGAUCCCCAAAGGUUCCCAGAUCUUCCACCACAAGUGGGUUGACAAAAGCAGCCGAGGGGUGUACAAAAGUCGCUUCACGUGCGCAGAUGUGAAAGCGCGCUACACCAAAAACCAGGAGGAGGAGAUGAACGUGUUCGUCCCCACUCCAACGCCUGAGAGUCAUGCGCUCCUUGAGGUGUAUGCCCUGGCGCACGGAUACCACACGAGGUCUUUGGACAUUGUAGCCGCGUUCCUGAUCGGCGCGGACAGGGGAGCCGCCGAAGGCAAUCCCGUCUAUGUCCGAGCACCAGUGGAGUGGCAAGAGCUAUUCGAGAAAUGGCUCGCGGGCCUAGCGCCGGCGGAUCAAGCCAAGUACCGCCACCGCUUCAAGGACCUGCUGUUCCGCCUAGACGGAAACCUGUACGGACGCCGACCAGCAGGUUCCGUGUUCAGGAACGAGCUUGAGGACAUCUUGCUCAACAAGCUGGACAAGAAGCGCUACCACUUCGUGCGGGGCGAGAAAGACCCGACGGUCUACCGCUGCACGAAGAGUGGAGUCGUGAUCGUGCACCACAUCGACGACUUCAGAGGUACAGGCCCAGAUGACGCCUUGGACUACCUCUACGAUGUGGAGUUGCCGAAGCACUGCGAAGUUCAGAGUGGGGAACUUGAGCGGGUCGGCACUGUUGUGGAAGUGCUGAACCGAACCAAGAUCCGUCUGGAGGACGCCAUCCUCACACAAGCAGAUAAGGUGCAUGUCGAGAACAUCAAGAAUGCGCUCGGGGUCACCAAGGAAAGGUCCGAGGUGCCAAGCCGCCAACUUAACCUCCUGGAAGUGAUGCCACUUUCAGAGGAGGAUGCGCGAGCCUAUCGCAGCGCAGUUGGCAGUGCCAUUUUUACCUUUCUGCGGACCGAAAACGAGCUGACCCUGGACCUGUUCACGGACUCGGACUGGGCCGGAUGUCUCGAGACGAGACGCUCCACCGACUGCUACAUCGCCGUGCUUGGAGGAGCUGUAGUGGCUUGCGGGUCACAGACGCAGCCGGGACUCCCAGCAACUAGCUCGCCUGAUGCUGAGCUGCGUGGCGUGAGCAGGGGGGCGCGAGAAGCUCUCUUCAUAAAGGAGCUGGCCACGAUCGACUUCGGGCUGAAGGUCAAGAAGCCUAAGCUCUGGACCGAUUCGAGCUCAGCUCAGGCGGCAGCCAGGAGGAUCGGGCCAGGAUCCAAGCUUCGCCACCUGGAGGUGUGCGAGUUCUAUGUGCAAGGAGCGAUCCAAGCUGGAAAGCUUAGCGUUGGAAAGGUCAAGGGCACUUGGAACCCAGCCAACUUCUUAACGAAGCAUGCCAAGACCGGCACAGAGGUGCGGGAAGCUCUGCCCUCGCUAGGAAUGCUGGAGAGCCUUGACAUCACCCAAUUCCAGCGCAUCAACGUCAAGGUGUCCGCGGUAAAGCGGCAGCCUUGGAAGCCAGGCUUCCCUGCCAAGCUUGAGGGCGCUGGCGCGGGAAUGACCGCCCAG